AUGAACAGCAUCAAAGAUUUGCAGCAGGGGAACAAGCAGCUAGCCAUGCAGAACAUCAAGUUGCAAAGGACAAUUGAGACUGCAGAAGAGCUCAAUUUGCGACUUUCUGAGGAGAUUGCUGAGCUGAAAGGAAAGCUGAGAGGCACCCAACAAGCCACAGAACAAGCUAGAGCACUGGCAAACGAAUUAGAAGACCUGAAGUUUUUUUCCAAAAGUUUGGAAGAGGAGAAUAGCAAACUUCACACACAAGGCCGGCAGCUGGAAAAAGAACAGCAGUGCCUCUUGAUUCACAUAGAUAACCUGCAGGAAGAGAACAGGAAGUUUCUCCUGGAAAAAGAAAGCUGUAAGAAUAAAAUCAAACAGCUGUGUACAGAGAAGGCCCAAAUGAAGUCUCAGCUCUGUGAGUGCGAAAACCUUAUCUCUUGCAAAGAAACGGACCUUAACAAGAAAGAGAGACGAACUGAAGAGCUGACAGAGACCCUAGAUGAAUACCAAAUGAUGGUACAGGAAUUGAAACUGGAAGUCCACAGGCUUCAAGAGCAGCUGUGCCAUUCCUGUGGAAAUGGAGAAGGGCUGCCGAGAAAUUCCCUAGAAAAUGUGAAGACCUGCUGUGUACAGGCCCCAGUACAGCCGCUCUCUGUGGAGAUUGAAGAAUCCCAGAAAGAGUUUGGUGAGGAAGAUGGUCUGCCUAGCCCCUUGUAUGGGACACUGCCAUCUUUUGUGACACAUGCAGUUGCUCCUGAGGAAUGCAGAGCUUUGACAGAAGAUCUGGAUGAAUGUACUAACCUUCCAGAAAUCACAGGAGUCAGCUCAGCAGAAUUCGGGUGUGAACCGGCCCCUGAGGAACAGGCUUUAGUCCUGGUGCACCAUCAGCUAGUGCCAACUGGUGGGAAGAAGCUGUGCAACAGGUGGCUUGCAAGUCUAACAGAAUGGUUCCUCGAUGUCCCGUUAGGGUACCUGUUACUGCUCAUCUUGCAGAAACUGGUGCUUCUUGGGCUUCUCCUCGCAUGUGUUUCAUUACUGACAAUAGUCUAUUUGGUGCCACCGUACGGCCAUCAUCUUGUCUGGGUUGAACCCAGGGGAAAUCCUUGGCCUCACCUGCAACUGCGGCACCUACGGCCACCACCGGUCUAGUA